ACAAAACGCCUGGGGAAGUUGUCGACUUUCUCGCCACUGACGGUAUGGAUGUUGUUGGCUAAACUCACGGAUUGUUAAAACUUUACUACCAUGGCUUUGUCGGAACUUUAUACGAAGUACAACAGAGUGUGGAUACCGGAUGAAGAGCAUGUCUGGAAGUCAGCAGAGAUCCUGAGAGACUUCAAACCUGGUGAUGAUACUUUACAACUGCAGCUUGAGGAUGGCACUGAGAUGCUGUACUCCCUGGACACAUCCAGUCCUCAGCUCCCUCACCUCCGCAACCCUGAUAUCCUGGUGGGGGAGAAUGACCUGACAGCUCUCAGCUACCUCCACGAACCAGCAGUUCUACACAACCUCAAAGUGCGCUUCGUGGAGUCCAAGAUCAUCUACACCUACUGCGGAAUCAUCCUGGUGGCUGUCAACCCAUACAAGCAGCUUCACAUCUAUGGAGAUGCAGUCAUCCACGCCUACAGUGGACAGAACAUGGGAGACAUGGAUCCUCACAUCUUCGCUGUGGCAGAGGAGGCUUACAAACAGAUGGCCAGGAACAAUAAGAACCAGUCUAUCAUAGUGAGUGGUGAGUCUGGAGCCGGCAAGACCGUGUCUGCCAGAUAUGCCAUGAGGUACUUCGCUAUGGUCAGCAAGUCUGGCAGCAAAACACACGUGGAAGACAAGGUUCUGGCAUCCAACCCAAUAACUGAGGCUAUAGGAAAUGCCAAGACGACCAGGAACGACAACAGCAGUCGCUUUGGGAAGUACACAGAGAUCAGCUUCGACAGGAGAUAUCAGAUCAUCGGUGCCAACAUGAGGACGUAUCUCCUGGAGAAAUCUAGAGUGGUUUCCCAGUCCGAGAGCGAGAGAAACUACCACAUCUUCUACCAGAUGUGUGCCUGUGCAGACCAGCCUGAGUUCAAGAGCCUGAGACUGUUGAGGGCAGAUGAGUUCAGGUACACCAGUAUGGGAGGGGAGACUGCUAUCGAGGGCGUGGACGAUAGGAAGGACAUGGAGGAGACACGCAGGACCUUCUCUCUGUUGGGGUUAACGGAGGACUUCCAGGCUGAUGUGUUCAAGGUGCUGGCUGGGAUUCUACACCUGGGGAAUGUAGAUAUCAGAAACGUUGGAUCAGACAGGUCAUCAAUUAGUUCCAGUGAUCCCCACAUAGCAGCGUUUUGCGACCUUCUCGGGGUCAGUCCUGACGGUGUGACCCGUUGGCUGUGCCACCGCCGCUUCGUCAUGGUGGCAGAGACGGUGGUGAAGCCGGUAACCAGCAAGCGGGCGGUGAACGCCAGAGACGCCCUCGCCAAGCAGAUCUACGCCCACCUGUUCGACUGCGUCAUCCAGAAGAUCAACGCAGCGCUGCAGGUCCCGGGGAAACAGCACUCCUUCAUAGGUGUCCUGGAUAUCUAUGGCUUUGAAACAUUUGACAUCAACAGUUUUGAACAGUUUUGCAUCAACUACGCCAACGAGAAACUGCAACAACAGUUCAACUUGCAUGUGUUUAAGCUGGAGCAGGAGGAGUACAUGAAGGAGGAUAUUCCCUGGACUCUGAUAGACUUCUAUGACAACCAGCCGGUCAUUGACCUGAUUGAAGCUAAAAUGGGCAUCCUGGACCUUCUAGAUGAAGAAUGUCUGUUCCCCCAGGGUACAGAUCAGAACUGGCUUCAGAAGCUGUAUAACUACCUGGCUGACAACCCUCUGUUUGAGAAGCCCAGGAUGUCUAACGAAGCUUUCAUCAUCCAACACUUUGCUGACAAGGUAGAAUAUCAGUGCUGGGGCUUUCUAGAGAAGAACAGAGACACACUGUAUGAAGAGCUGAUAGACACCAUGAGAACCAGUAAGUUUCCUCUCCUGGCCAACUUCUUCCUGGAGGAGGAGCCGGGCGGAGUGGGCAGUAAAGGCAUUAAAGUGAGGCCUGCCCGACCGGGGGUGAAGCCAACCAAUAAGAAUCUCAGGACCACCGUGGGGGAAAAGUUCCGCAGUUCUCUGUACCUGCUGAUGGAGACGCUGAACGCCACCACUCCUCACUACGUACGCUGCAUCAAGCCCAACGAGGAAAAGAUGCCGUUCGAGUAUGACUCUAAGCGGGUGGUCCAGCAGCUGAGGGCGUGUGGAGUCCUGGAGACCAUUCACAUCAGCGCUCAGAGCUACCCCUCCAGGUGGACCUACAUAGAGUUCUACAGCCGGUACAGUAUACUGAUGAGCCAACAGGAGCUGGUUCUCACCGACAAGAAGCAGACUUGUAGGACCGUGCUGCAGAGGCUGAUUCAGGACUCCAACCAGUACAAGUUUGGCCGGACCAAGAUCUUCUUCCGAGCGGGUCAGGUGGCGUACUUGGAGAAGCUGCGAUUGGACCGUCUCCGAGGGGCGUGUGUGACCAUCCAGAAGCAUGUGAGGGGGUGGAGCCACAGGAGGACGUUCCUCCGUAUGAGGGAGGCGGCCAUCAUCCUGCAACAGUACGUCCGCGGACAGAGACGGAUACGUAAAUCGGUGACGGCUGCAGCGUUGAAACAGGGCUGGGCUGCCGUGGUCAUUCAGAGGUACUGGAGAGGUCAUCUCACCAGACAGAUCUUUAGAAUGGUCCGGUCCUCCUCAAUCAUCAUCCAAGCCUUCACUAGAGGCUGGAUCGCCAGAAAACGCUAUAAGAAGAUGGUGGAGGUGCAGAAAGCGCUGAUCUUACAGAAGUACGCCCGGGCGUGGCUCGCCAGGAGACGCUUCCAGACUCUGCGGCGCCUGGUACACAACGUGCAGCUCUCCUACCGGUGCCAGCAGCUCAGGAAGAAACUGGAGGAUCAGGGCAAAGAGAACUGUGGGUUGCUCGAGAGGCUGACAAGUCUGGCCGGCGCUCACGCCCAAGGUCUCGACAAGCUGCACAGUCUGGAGGCCCAGCUGGGGAGAUCGGCCACUGAGAAGGCUUCGCUAGAGGAGCGAGAGAAGAAGAGCAAGGAGGACGCCGCCAAGACGAUCGCCCAGCUUCAACAGGAAAAAGACGGGUUCAUCGUGCAAAAACAGGACUUGGAAAAGAAGCUUGCAGAUACAGCAACAGAGAUGAAAGACGGCUUCGAUCAAAUCAAGACGAAUCUGAAAGAAGAUCUGGAACGAGAAGAAAGAUUGAGGAAGAUUGCAGAGAACAACCUUGACCUGCAGAAGGAGGACCAUGAGAAGGAGGUGGAGAUUCUGAGGGAGGAGAACAGGAGGCUGAAGGAGGAGAGAGUCCGCCUGCAGAGACAGACGGAGGAGGGGGCGCAGGUCAACACUGAUCUACAGGACCAGGUCAUACAGCUCACCAAGCACGUCAAGGUUAUACCUGAGUUACGGAAGGAUCUUCAUAACCUCCAAACCCAGAGAGAUGAUCUGGACCGGAGAAUGAAGGGGCAGUCAGAAGAAGCGAUAGCUAAGAUGAGUGUGAUUACAAGACAACUUCUUGGUGGCAUGAUGGAAGAGGAGGUCAUUUCCAGGUUGGCCUCCGAUGGGCCAGAACAGAUAUAUGAAGCUGGAGAUCUGUUGACGGCUUUUGAUGGGCUGCAGAAAGCUACCAGAGUGCUGGAGAGAAAGCAGAAGGAACAGAAAGAGGUCUCCGACAGCCAGAUAGAGGGGCUGACGUUCAAGGUGGAACACCUGCAGAACGAAAACAAUCAGCUGCAGAAACUGUUCCAAGAAAAAAUGUCUGUCAACGACAGCAUCGGCCAGGAAGUGACCAGGCUGAACCAGGAAAACAUGGUCAUACCUGAACUGAAGCAGACUGUGUCAGAGCUACAACGACAUAAACAGGAACUGGAGGAGCAACUGGAGGAGCAGACCAGAGGGAUGACAGAACAAAUGGAGGAGAUAUCAAAAAAGCUUCAGAUGAAUGUUGAAGAGGAAGCCUCCCAACGCAGGCUGUUGGAGCAGCAUGAGCAGGUAGAGCGGGAGAAGGAGGAGGUGGAGAGGAGGGUGGAGGAGCUGGAGGAGGUGCUCAGGAGACAGAAGAACACGGAGACCGAGGCCAAGACCAGAUUCACUCAGGAGGCAUCACGACUCACUGCAGAGAACAUGGACUUUGAAGAACAGCUCGACAUGAAGGAUCGGUUGAUAAGGAAGCUGCAAAAUAAAAUCAAGAGUCUUCAAACAUCCGAGAAAGCCAAUCAAACGCCAGUGCCCACUAUUCCCAAAGAAUACCUCGGAAUGUUGGAGUACAAGAGGGAGGAUGAACCCAAGCUCAUUCAAUACAUAAUUCUGGACCUGAAACCCAGGGGGGUAGUGGUCAACAUGAUCCCCAACAUGGCCGCCCAGCUUCUCUUCAUGUGUGUAACUGUCCAAUGUUUGUCAGACCUGAAACCCAGGGGGGUAGUGGUCAACAUGAUCCCCAACAUGGCCGCCCAGCUUCUCUUCAUGUGUGUAACUGUCCAAUGUUUGUCAGACCUGAAACCCAGGGGGGUAGUGGUCAACAUGAUCCCCAACAUGGCCGCCCAGCUUCUCUUCAUGUGUGUAACUGUCCAAUGUUUGUCAGACCUGAAACCCAGGGGGGUAGUGGUCAACAUGAUCCCCAACAUGGCCGCCCAGCUUCUCUUCAUGUGUGUCCGCCACGCUGACUACCUCAACGACGGAGCAAAGCUCAAGUCCCUGAUGAACGCCAUAAUCAGCGGGGUUAAGAAGGUCAUCACGGAUCACCAAGCAGACUUUGAAUUGCUGUCGUUCUGGCUCUCGAACAUGUACCACAUGCUCAACUGUCUGAAGCAGUACAGUGGAGAGGAGGAGUUUAUGAAACAGAACUCUCCGCGUCAGAUGAAGAACUGCUUGCAGAACUUUGACUUGUCCGAACACAGACAGAUCUUCAGUGAUCUGGCCAUUCGUAUCUACCACCAGUUCAUAUCUGUUAUGGAGAAGAGUCUUAUGCCUAUGAUCGUUCCUGGUAUGCUGGAGCACGAGAGUCUCCAGGGAAUCUCUAGUAUGAAGCCUACAGGUUUCCGUAAGCGUUCCAGCAGCAUCUAUGAGGACCAGGAGAUCUACACCAUCUCUUCUCUCCUCCAGCAGCUCAGUCUGUACCACAGCACUAUGAGUCAGCACGGCAUGGAGGAGGGGCUGGUCAGACAGGCUGUGAAACAGACUUUCUUCCUGGUGGGUGCGGCCACACUCAACAACAUCCUGCUACGCAAAGACAUGUGCUCCUGUAGGAAGGGCAUGCAGAUCAGGUGUAACAUCAGUUACCUGGAGGAGUGGCUGAAGGAGAAGGACCUCGUGCAGGGUACCAGUGCCAUGGAAACUCUGAAGCCUCUGUGUCAGGCUGCCUGGCUACUGCAGGUCAACAAGACCACUGAUGACGACGCCAAGGAAAUCAUAGAACAAUGCUCUGAACUCAACACUGUACAGAUUGUCAAGAUUCUGAAUUCUUACACUCCCAUUGAUGAUUUUGAGAAAAGGGUGGCACCGUCAUUUGUCCGCAAAGUUCAGGGCUUGCUCCAGGACCGUGAGGGGGGAUCCUCCCAGCUGAUGUUAGACACCCAGUAUCGUUUCCAGGUCACCUUCCCCUUCACCCCGUCCUCUCAGGCCCUGGAGCUACUACAACUGCCAUCCAGCCUCAGACUGGGCUUCAUCACCAGGAUCUAACCCCUGACCUCUGGGGGAGGCGGUAGCCUUGACUUUAGGGAAGCGGUCCAUUAACCUAAAGUUUGCUGGUUUGAAUCCCAGGGAUGACUGGGGAAAAGCUGGCAGGAGUGAGGUGCCACUGUCUACCAGCGUCUCGGGUGUCACCAACUACCAUUGUAGCCAAAUAGCCUUUUUAAAAAUGAUUAGUGUUUUUCAUUUACACUCGUAAUACAGUUUGAAAUAAAUAUUACUCUGA